AUGGUUGCCUAUGCCGGUUUCCAGCUUGCACUGGAACUUUCAAGUGUCUUCCCUGUUAAGGAGCUCACUACUUCGGCAUUUACAGCGCUACUCAAUAUGGCCCGCGAGCUUCGCAAUUCAGGUUCUGAUAUUGUUGUUGAGGCUGACCUGGCAAGCGUGUUUGGAAGGGCUCAAGUUUCCCUUGAACUGGAGGCGGCAUUCAAGGCCAAAGUUCACAUCAGCACGGUCACGCCAUUGCACGAGGGUUCGGAGAUCCAGCUCCAGAACGGCCCUGGCCCAACCGUGAUCCGAGCAUUUCAAGAUUCAAAAUAUUUCGCAACCAUUGUCACUCUUUCGGCACUUUCUUUUUUCCUCCCGAGAGAAAAGCUUGCCAGAAUGAUCGCCACUGGUAUGGCCAAACGAUUCGAGGCUAAAGUGCCAGGAGCCUGCAGUCCUCCUGCGUACGAAGGCAUUGAAAGCACAUUGGCAGCUUGCUGUGCGCAGUGCGGCGAGUUCCAGUGGGCGCCAUAUCGUGAAAAAAUUGAACAGCGGCUUCGAGCUUCAAUGCAAAAUUACAAAUGGAAUCCCUAUUAUAUUCGACUCAGCCCUGCGGUCCUUCUGGGAGCUAUGGACUUCCUCUAUGCCGUGAAAAGCCUGCCAGCAGACAGAAUAAUCACAGUGUCGGAUCAGGGAGGAUUCAUACCUCUCACCAUCUGGGCGCACUACAUUUUGAAUCUAAAUGUUGUGAUCACUGAUCUUCCAUGCCCGGAUGUUGUCUUCGGUGAUGCCAAGGAACCUCAUGUAAUCAUUCGAUGGACCUGGACCGAACGCCCCGAUAGGGACGAGCUGUACUGGAGCGCGGACGGGGAUGAAGAAGGCCCCGAAAUCUGCCUCAAUGAGGCUGACAUGACCGUCCUUCUCGUUGCUAAACCAGAAGAUCACGACUCGGAGAUGCUCUACUCGGCCGAAAGGCACCCUUUGGCCGGGUAUGGCACGGUCUUCCUACGUCGCAGCCUGAAUGUCGAUACCAUCAUAAGUGAUGAUGCCGAGAUUUAUAAAGAGGUAGUAUGCUUUACCGUUGGAUUUGCGAUCGCCGCUUCGCAGAGAAUGGCUCGAGAGCUCCCAGACCCUGCGCCCAUAGGAGCGGAUGAAUUCGAGGAAACUGGACAAAAAAUUCAGUUGGAAGCAUGGAGAAUCAUGAACUCCGCUAAAUUGCUCUUCGAUGGCAUUCCCAUCGACCCGGCCGUUUGCUGGAUGUACGCGGACUUUCUAUCAAAACACCCCUUGUCUGAAUCCACACUGCCAUCAACCUUCAAUCCGUUCUUCGCGACAGUCCCGAGACACCGUCCUGAAUCCUCUCCGGAAGCACGGAUGGUACGACUGAUCGAAAGCACCACAAAACAUGUCUUGACCUUCGCUCAUGUCGUGGAGGUAGACAAAUGCGGGGAUGUGCCAAUAAUUCUGACCGACGACCUUACCCCCUUCUCAAACCUCAUACGUGAGAUGCGAGAGGGGACCGGUCGCCUGGGACUGGUCCGAUAUAAUGAGGUAUUCUAUGGGGUCGCCAAACUACUCUCAUCUACCGAGUUUUUCGCCCUUGACGAGAGACGCAGCUCUGUCGUCAACAAAUCUCUCUGCAGCGAUUUCGGGUGGUCUGUGCUGCUGAGCACGUAUGAUAACCUCGACCCAGGUGAUAUCCGGCCUGAGCUCGUCCACAUUCGCAAAGGUACACCCACACAUUCCAAAACAGGGCAAUGCAAAUCGCAGAUCUUAGAUGGAUCUGGUAUUGAAAGAACUACGGAGUCCUAUGUCUACCCCGUUGAGAGAGGACUAGAGUGCAUUCCCCGCACGUUCGCACACCACAUCUCUAGGAAAGAUUACUAUGUGACUCUUGCGUAUGAGUUCCAAGUCACCCUCUUCAUUUCAUUCGAGUCGACUCGUGAAUGGCAGGCACAUGGGGGCUCCAAGUCCUUCCAGCAAAGACUGGCCUAUUCCCAAAUGGCAAAAAAUUUGUUCAACACUCAUCUCACUCCACCAUGCAGCCACAAAGACCAUUCUUACCGAGAGCAGGCAAAGAAGAUCACGCUCGGUCCAGACGUGGCAGCACUGCUUAGCGGGUGGGAAGAAAUGGUGGAUGAUGAAACCAUGCCGGAGAAGAUCGUUAUUGUGUUGACGAAAGGGGACCGUUAUGCUCGCUGGCAUGCGAUCACAUGGUUGCCCAUUGGGGUGCAUACCUCGGGCCGUAAGAUAGCGCUACGGUCGCAUCAAUGUUGCGAAUCAUGUGCUCUUGACUACGUAGCCUCACAGAAGGGGAAAUGGUAUCUCAUUAUAUAG